GGUCUACCUGAGGAAGGUUGGAUAUCUUUAUCGCAAGAGGAAAGCCCAGCCAGCCUCUGCCAAGCGAUGGGAAAGCGACAUCCCGGUGAUGCCCAUCAAUGGAACAAAUCGACGAAAGGAAGCAAUUCAAGCGCAGAGAGAAUUCGCUUGCCUGGCACUCAACCCAGCGCAAACAGAAACAUCGCGCUCAGCCGUGGACGUGUUGGGCUCCGUCGUAAGUCGAGGACACCCUUGCAUAGACCCGGCGAUGUCACCCCAUUUAACCUGCACUUAUCUCUCCAACCUUUCCAUCGAUGCUGGCUUCCUGCCUUCCCUCCCUCCCUCCCUUCUGGAACAGGAUCUGCUGGCAAACAACGCCGAAUAAGCAAAGAGGAGCCGGUGAGAUCAGCUUAUAUCCUCCGCUACUUCAUCCUAAUGAGCUGGCUCACAUCCUGCCCUCCUGGUCUCCUUCGCCAGCGUUGGACCAGCCUGUGCUGCAUGGUUGAGGUUCUUCAAGAGCUCCACCCUAGAAGCCAAACAGGGCGAACCUAACCGGAUCUUCCCACUUCACGUGCCCACACCUACUGUGGACUUUACCUUUUCUGGGGCCUGGAGACCUGCCCAGGAAGGGCAAACCUCCCUCUCCGAGAUCCCAGCCAAUUUUCUUCCUUGCACUUCCUCAUCCACCUGGCCCAACCUGUCAGUGAGGUUAACUGGCAGACAGACGGAGGAAGCUUGCAAGGAGCUGGCGCCACACACCUGAGGCAGGCGGCCAGCCAGAGGAACCAACCACCAGGUCCAGACUUCAGACAUGGAGAAAGAGAUGGAAGAGAAGGACGAAGGCUCUUCUCGACGGGCCGAAGUUUCUCCCCAACCCAAGGCCAGCUUCCCCGCCCAAUCGCCGUCCAACUCCAGGACCCUGCUGUACCCCCAGCGUCAUGCCAAUUCGUACGAUUCCAGGAAGUAUUUUGUAACAAGGCCGGGAGCCUUCGAUCAAGCUAUGGAGGAUCUCAAGACCCAUCUGGCGGCAAACAAGGGAGAGGUGGCUCACAGCUUCUGGCUACUCACCGAAAUCGAUCACUGGAACAUCGAGAAGGAACGGAUCGUGGUGCUCACGGACGCUGCCCUCCUGGUGUGCAAAUAUGACUUCAUCAUGCUCAAAUGCCUGGAGCUCCAGAGGAUCCCUCUGAACUACAUCGAGAGGAUCUCCACGGGCCCCUUCGCUUUUCCAGAGAAGUCCUUGGACAGGAGGAAUGGAGAAGGCCUGAGGAUCUUCUGGGACAAACAGCAAGAACCAAACUUCCUCUCCCGCUGGAACCCAUGGUCCACCGAUAUGCCCUACACCACCUUCACGGAGCACCCGGUCAAAAAUGGCUGCCCGAGGCUUAGCCCCAUCUGUCAGGUUUCUGCCUUCCAAGCUCAGCUGGUUCAAGCCGUGCAGGAGGCCCAAGAAAUGCAUCCUGCGCCAGGCCGGAUUCCCGGGGUGGUUUUGGUGAGCGAGCCCAUCUUCAUUCAGACCUACACCGGGAUGAUGGCCUUUUUCGGAAACCAAAAUAAACUGGGAUAUUGCCUGGCUCGGGGCAGCAUCGGCUUCUGAUCUGGACAUUUCCCCUCCACUUACUUACUUACUUAUCUACUUUCUUUCUUUCUUUCUUUCUUUCUUUCUUUCUUU